CACUACUUUCUUGCUGCUUAUCCCACUAUCCAAAAUGUUGGUCACACCUAGAUUGAUGAUGCAAAGUGCGGGUAGAAAUAGGGCAAAAACGAUUGGUUUUAUUGGUUUAGGUGCGAUGGGACGUGAGAUGGCAACGAAUCUAUUAUCGAAAACAUUUCAAGCUUCCAAUGAUGCGGAAUUGACAUUUGUCGUUCAUGAUACUGUCGAUCAGUCCACGACUAGGUUUUUGACUGCUUCCACAAGUCUCUUCCCAGGACGUCAUAUCUUACCUGCUUCUUCGCCAGCAGGUGUUGCAAGUUUGGCAUCAACAGUGAUCACUAUGGUACCCUCUUCUCCUCAAGUAAAAGAGGUAUACAUGUCAGAAAGUGGAAUUUUGGAAGGAUUAAAAUCGCUGGGAAAUCCAUCAGAUCCAUCAAAUAGUACACUUUGUAUCGAUUGUACAACUUUAGAUCCUUUGGUAGCCGUUCAAGUUGCCGAUCAAAUCAAACGAGCAGUAACAUCGGAUGUUGGUGCAUUUGAUAUGGUUGAUGCUCCCGUAAGCGGUGGUACAGUUGGCGCUCGUGCGGGUACAUUAUCGUUUAUGGUUGGAUCUGAUUUACAUCAAUCAUUCACACAAGCUGAACAUACACUUCUGAAGAUGGGAAGUAGAGCGAUUCAUUGUGGUAAGAAUGGAAAUGGUUUGAUCGCAAAGAUUGCAAAUAAUCUUUUGUUGGGUAUUUCAAUGUUGGCCACAAGUGAAGCCAUGCUCUUGGGAACGGUACAUGGAUUAAGUCCUCAAAUUUUGGCUCACAUCAUUAAUACCAGUACCGGAAAGUGUUGGUCAAGCGAAGUGAACAAUCCUUGUCCUGGAGCAUUGCAUGGAACGGACAAAUCCCCACCUGCUGAAAGGGAUUAUGAAGGAGGCUUUGCGGCUAAAUUGCAAGCAAAAGAUCUUGGUUUAGCAUUGAGUGCUGCUCAACAAAAAGGUGUUCCAACGCCAUUGGGCAUGCUAGCAACAAACAUUUACAAGGCUUUAGGUGAAAAUCCCGAUUUUAUGAACAGAGAUUUCAGUGUAGCAUUCAAAGCUCUUUCUUCUGCCGUUGGAAAAAUUCCACAAACGGAAGAUUCUCCAGAAUUGUGA